AAUGAAUAAUACGUGGCGAAAAGGAAUAAUAAAUUACGGAAAUUUUUUCUUCUGCUCUGCUUCGGACAUCCCUCCCUCCGCUUCGCCGUCUCUUCGCUGUCCGCUGACCAAAAAAUGACAGAGGAAGAGGUGGCGAUGGAGAUGGAAGCUGUAGAAGCAGUUUACGGCGAUGAAGCCGUCAUAGUGGAUUCGUAUCCUCCUCAUCUUCACCUCCACAUCAAGCCCCGCACCGCCGAGAUCUCUUCUCAGCAGUUUGUGGAAGCUGUUGUGAGAAUACAAGCUGGUCCUAAGUAUCCAGACGAGCCGCCGGAGAUUAGUUUGAUUGAGUCUAAGGGUCUUGAUGAGGAAAGGCAAAAGCUUUUGAUGGGUUUUGUGCAAGAGAAAUCUUUGGAACUAUCAUCUUCUCUAAUGCUAGUUGCACUUUGUGAGGAAGCAGUAGAGAGGCUGACGAUAAUGAAUCAUCCGGAUGGUGACUGUCCACUGUGUUUGUAUCCGUUAUUCCCUGAGGAUGGAGAGAGUGAUCAAAUGCCCUUUAUGAAGCUCAUGUCUUGCUUUCAUUGUUUCCACUGUGAGUGCAUCAUUAGGUGGUGGAACUGGCUUCACACAGAGAAAGAAGCUGAUUCAGUGAAUGGUAACUCUGGAUCAGUAGAUAAAAGCUUGGGAAACUGUCCAGUGUGCCGCAAAGUUGUUCAUGCGAGUGAUAUUGAACAUGUUCUCGGCUUAGUCGGUGCAACUCAGUCAUCUCAACAGCUUUCAUGCUUUAUGACCAAACAGGAUUCUGGUGAGGUCCAAGACCCAGUGCUCCAGUCAGAGUCAGAGAACAUGAGAAGAGAGCGGUUUGAGGCUAUUCUAAAGACGCAGGAAGAGCAGGGUGGUCUGGUUCAACCAAAGAAAAACAUAUCGGUUGUUCCCGGUAUGUAUCUUCCUCCUCCACCAGCUCCUGCAUCAUCUUCAUCAAACCAAGAAGAAGCUCAGGAACAAGGACAACAAGUGGAACAAUACAAAGACGCUGAAUCAGAGACAAACUCCAGCAGCUCCAACAACAGGAGAGGGAGAGGCAGAGGCCGAGGAGGUCGGGGACAUAGUAACGUCAACAGGAGGAAGCAGAAUCCUCAAGAUCCAAGAAAACCUACGAAGCAGUGGGUGCAGAGGAGUUGACAAAACUUAUGUAUUAUUUAUAUAUAUCGAGAGAGAGAGACAGAGAUCAAACUCAGACUCAAAAAUCUGUAUACAAAUACAAAAAAAAAAUCCUAUGGUCCGAUUGGUAAUGGCUGUACCUUUAAAAAUUUUGCUGUAAAAAAAAAUCUGGUUUUAUAUUUUAUUGCUGUAGAAUUUUAUGAAAA